CGUACAAUUCGCAGUGUUUACGCCUCUGUUUUCUGUCUUUAUCUCCUACUGGGUAAAGUGCUUAAAAUAGUCUGAUGCUUUUUCCGAUAUGUUUUCUUAAAACAAUGACUUUCCCACAACUUCAUUGCUGUCUCUAGAUGAUAACUUCUUCGCCUCUCUGUAUCCAAAAUUCCCACACUCAUGGAAACCUCCUCCCUAAAUGUAGUGAUUGUGCCAACUCCGGGAAUGGGUCAUCUGAUCCCACUCUUCGAGUUAGCCAAACGACUCGUUCACAACCACAACUUCUCAAUCACAUUCAUCGUCCCCAGCGAUGGUUCUCCAAUGAAAUCACAGAAAAAACUCCUCCAAUCCCUCUCUCAAAACAAAAUCUCCUCCAUCUUCCUCCCUCCCGUCAGCUUCGACGACUUGCCUCCGGACGCCAAGAUCGAGGCUCGGAUUACACUCAGCCUCACUCGCUCCCUCGGUGUUUUCAGAGACUCGUUCAAGAAAUUGUGCGAGUCCACUCGGGUGGUCGCGUUAGUUGUCGACGUUUUCGGCACGGAAGCUUUCGACGUAGGGGCGGAAUUCGGUGUUCCGCCGUAUAUAUUUAUCGCCACAACAGGCAUGUCGUUGUCGUUUAUGUUAGAAUUUCCGAAACUCGAUGCAAUGUAUUCUUGCGAGUUUAGAGAUCUACCCGAACCGGUUCAUUUGCCCGGGUGUGUGCCGGUUCGGGGUAUUGAUUUAUGCGAUGUGGUUCAGGAUAGGAAGAACGAAGUCUACAGAUGGUCUCUUCGCAUCUGCAAUCAGUACCGACUAGCGGCUGGGAUUUUGGUCAAUAGUUCUAUGAAUAUUGAACCGGGUGUUUUUAAGGCUUUGAUGGAAGUUAAACCCGGUUUGCCUCCGAUUUAUCCGGUCGGGCCUUUGACUCAGACCAGAGAGAGUAGUUCGGGUGAUGACCGGUCUGGGUGUUUGGAGUGGCUAGACAACCAACCAAAAGGGUCGGUCCUAUUUGUUAGUUUUGGGAGUGGAGGGACCCUUUCGGGUGACCAGAUUAAGGAAUUGGCGUUUGGUUUGGAGAUGAGUGGGCAGAGGUUUUUGUGGGUUGUGAGACCCCCAAAUGACAAAGUAAACGCUGCUUAUUUUGAAGCAAAUGGAGCUGAUGAAGAUUUAUCUGGGUUUCUACCAAAUGGGUUCUUGGAUAGGACAAGAGAUAUGGGCCUAGUGGUGCUCAAUUGGGCUCCUCAAAUUGAAGUCAUAGCCCAUGAAUCGACGGGCGGGUUCUUGACCCAUUGUGGAUGGAACUCAACACUUGAGGCUAUUGUGAAUGGGGUGCCAUUGAUUGCAUGGCCCCUCUAUGCAGAACAAAAGAUGAAUACUGUGUUGUUAGCUGAUGACUUGAAUGUUGCAGUUAGGGUCAGAAUUGGUCAAAAUGGGUUAGUGGGUCGAGAUGAUAUUGCAAGAUAUGUGAAGGGAUUGAUGGAAGGAGAAGAAGGGAGGCUACUAAGAAGCAAGAUGAGGAAUUUGAAGGGUGGUGCUUCAAGGGUUUUGAGCCAGGAAGGGUCUUCUACAAAAUCACUAGCUCAGGUUGCUGAGAUUUGGAAGAACCAUAAGAAAUGAAACUUCUUUUUUCCUAAUUUUGAUGUACUGACUAAUUUGAAAUGUGUUCGGAAAUGCAUGUUAUUUCAUGCGUUUGGCAACCAAAGAGAGCUUGCA